AUGAGGCGGCUGAUCUGCAAGAGGAUCUGUGAUUACAAAAGCUUCGAUGAUGAAGAGUCAGUGGAUGGAAAUAGGCCAUCAUCAGCUGCUUCAGCCUUCAAGGUUCCAGCACUUAAAAAGCCAGGAAAUCCUUCGAAUAGUGCAAGGAAGCCGGGAUCAGCUGGUGGGCCUAAGGUUGGAGGUUCCUCAAAAGAAGGAGGAGCUGGAGCUGUGGAUGAGGAUGAUUUUAUUAAGGCAUUUACAGAUGUUCCUACUGUACAGAUCUAUUCUAGUCGAGAACUUGAAGAAACAUUGAACAAAAUCAGGGAAAUUCUCUCGGAUGACAAGCAUGAUUGGGAUCAGCGAACUAACGCGCUGAAGAAAGUUCGGUCGUUGCUUGUUGCUGGAGCUGCACAGUAUGAUGGAUUCUUCCAGCAUUUACGUUUGUUGGAUGGUGCUUUCAAGCUGUCGGCCAAGGACCUGAGGUCCCAGGUGGUUAGAGAAGCCUGCAUUACUGUAGCCCACCUUUCAACUGUUCUGGGAAACAAAUUUGAUCAUGGGGCUGAAGCUAUUGUGCCUACUCUUUUUAACCUGGUUCCCAACAGCGCCAAAGUGAUGGCAACUUCUGGGUGUGCAGCCAUUAGAUUCAUUAUUCGGCAUACUCAUGUGCCACGACUCAUACCUUUAAUAACAAGCAACUGUACCUCAAAAUCAGUUGCAGUUAGAAGGCGCUCCUUUGAAUUUCUAGACCUGUUGUUACAAGAGUGGCAGACACAUUCAUUGGAAAGGCACGCAGCUGUCUUGGUUGAAACAAUCAAGAAGGGCAUUCAUGAUGCUGAUGCAGAAGCAAGAGUGGAGGCAAGAAAGGCUUAUCUGGGUCUUAGAAAUCACUUUCCUAGUGAAGCUGAGACUCUGUACAAUUCUCUUGAGCCGCCCUAUCAAAGAAGCCUCCAGACCUACCUGAAGAAUUCUGGCAGUAUUGCAUCUCUCCCUCAGUCAGACAGAUCAUCCUCCAGCUCACAGGAGAGCCUCAAUCGGCCUCUAUCUUCGAAAUGGUCUGCAGCCAACCCAGCAAGCCUGGCAGGCAGAGUUUCUUCAGGCAGCAGCAAGAGCGCUGCCGGCCCAGGCGCGCUGCAGAGGUCUCGCAGUGACAUAGACGUGAACGCUGCCGCAGGCGCCAAG